UUUUCACGUAAAGGUCACCAAAUUCUUGUUUACGUAUAUUGUAUUAGAAUCUUGAAAGACGCGAAACCAUUUGAUUUCUUUUCCCUUCUGUAAUUUUUGUGUAUGGAAUUUUUGGGGCAUCAUUCCACAAUCCAGAUUCAAGAAGAAAGUGCAUCAAUUGAGAGAGAAUCAACAAAAUGGAUGACGAUGAUGUGAACGACUCUUUUGACUCUUUACUCUUAAACCUUGAGGUUCCAAGUGCACCGAAAAUACCCAAGCAUGAGAAACAGCAAACACCGACACCAGCUGGAAACAUGGCUGCACCGGCAAGUAACAUCACCGCAGCGACCACUGCAGCGCCAUUGCCAAAAACUGCAUCGAACCCCCACUGUAUUCUGGUAAAUCCUAAACAGCGUGGUAACCCGGUGCUUAAAUCAAUCGUCAACAUUCCUAUAGAAUUUCGUGAUGAUAUAAUACCGGAUUACGUAGUGGGACGUACUUCUUGUAUACUUUACAUUUCCUUAAAAUAUCACACUCUAAAUCCCGAUUAUAUCUGCCAGAGGCUUAAGGAAUUGGGAAAACAAUAUGAAUUGCGUGUAUUACUAGUACAAAUAGAUGCGCCUGAACCACAUUCAGCCUUGAAAAAUCUCACACGUAUUAGCCUGCUAACUGAUUUGACGCUGAUGCUGGCGUGGAGUGCCGAAGAAGCAGGAAAAAUCAUAGAAACUUAUAAGCAAUUUGAGAAACGAUCGCCAGAGUGGAUUAUGGAACGUGUUGAAUCAAGUCCACAUCAAAAGUUGGUUUCUGCAUUGACAAACAUCAAGCCUGUGAAUAAAACGGAUGCAGUAUCACUUCUUCAGAAUUUCGGCAAGUUGGAAAAUCUUAUAAAUGCUAGUGAAGAACGUCUGUCGCUUGUAAUUGGUCUUGGACCGCGAAAGGCCUCGAAACUGUACAAAACUUUACACGAACCAUUUCUUACAAAGUAAUAUUCAUGCCAUAAAUGAGAACCAUAAAAUUUAUAUUUAUUGAAUAAAAUAAAGUACAUCUCCUAAAUAUUUUUCUA